AUGGGUGAACUGAAAUUCAGAUAUGGCUUCAAAAUGCUACCAGCAAUUAUAUUGAUUCUAGAUGAAUUCAAUAUUUGUGAAGGGAACCAAUGUUUUAAACCGGACACUGUUUCUGAUGUCAAUAUGGACUCUAAGUUUGAAGCUGAAGAGUUCUCUGUCCAGACUUCGAUAGGACCUGUUGAUUGUGUUAGAACAUGCAAAUCAAGUAGAUUAUGUCAGUUUGUGAAUUUUCACAAAAGGUCUCUAAAUUGCUCACUCCUAGCAGUAGAAGGUCCUUUAAUCACUGAUCAUGAUUAUAUUGGUAUAGAUUCUUAUAAAUGGAAUGAUAACAUGAUGGGUGGAUGUAAAAAUCAUCUCUGUCCUUAUAAUACAUUGUGUGUGACAGAAGGUGGUAGCUAUACCUGUAUACCAAGAGGCUGCGGUGGAUUACCACAAGUAUAUAAUAUCAAUGCCACUUCCUUCUACAGUAAGUUAUUGUGGAAUUUUGGAGAAGUUGUAGAGUAUGCUUGUAUACAAGGCUUUUUCACCCGCACUAAUGCAACUUGUUUGAGUACAGGCCUAUGGGAUAACUUUCAGUGUACUGCUUUUAGUCAGUGCGACGAUGAUGGCAUCUGUAGAAAGAAAUCAGAAAAUUUUUAUUGGUUUUUCCUGCCAGCUACAAUGACUCUACAGAAAGUCCAUUGUACAGUCGGCGUUGGUCCUUCAGUAUUACUAGAAAACUACAACAUGGCUUCAACUCCUGCAUACACAAGAAGACAUGGAAAAUGUAUUUUAAUUCCUCAUCAAGACCCAAUGUCGUAUAAUAUGGGCUAUACAGAUUUUCAGAUGGCAAGACUUAUUCUGUUUCCUCUCCAGAUAAAGAUAGAUUCGCAAAUGUUUGGCAAUACCACGUACACCCGUCAGGACUUUGGGAAAGCAGGAGACUGUUAUGCUGGAUUUGACAGCAGUGUAUGUGGCGUCAUUGGAAGAUUUAUUAUCAAUACUCGUGGCACUGGCUUCAAGAUUAAAGAAUCAGUUAAAUGGAAAACUUGGGGUAUAGCUGGGGUGUUUGCUAACUUUACCCGAUCACCAGAUGGUCACGUGAUUGAGGGGUAUUGUGGUGGUAACUGUGGGGGCUGUGAAGUUGAUGGAAUACUUUACUUGGAGCAUGAUCCAUUUUUUACACCACCAUUUGAAUCAGCAGAAUUACCAUUCUGUAGAUUUCCACUCUAG